GUAUAAAAGUUCAUACAUUUUUCUCCAUUCUUCUCAAUCCUUUUCGUUACUUUCAUUCUUUGCUAGGAAACACAGACACAACGCAUCGGUCUACUGAAUAAAAAACGACGCACCAUUCGAAACCAUGAAACCUAAAAGUGUUGAAUCAUUUCUGAUGAUCGCUAUCUUAUUGAUUUUGACGUAUCUUUAUUUGGGGAUUGAAAGAGGUGAAUGUGAUUGUGGUGAUGUGAUAAACGUGCAAAAGGCAGGUAGAAUUCGUGAUAUUACCGGAAAAUGCCUAAACGCGACCGCGAUGGAAAACCUCGCCAGAUUCGCCGCCAAAGAACACACCAAACAUGUGAACUGCAUAAUCGAGUUUGAUAGAUUGGUAAAGGCAAGAAAGCAGGUGAUGACUAGUAAGAUGUACUAUCUGACAUUGGAGGCACAAGAUGGUCGAGUAUAUGAAGCUAAAGUUUUGGUGAAGCCAUGGAUGAACUUUAAGGAGUUGCAAGAAUUCAACGCUAUUGAUGCAUGAUCCAAAUGUCUAGAAGUGUUAACAAGAUUGUUCUUUAAUGCUCUUGUAAUCAGUAAACUAAACUGCUAGCUAGUUGAUGCUUUAAAAGUUUGAGUUUCAUAUUAUCGUAGGUCUUAC